AGAGUGAGUGAGAGAGAGGAAGUCUGUAAGAUGCACUUUGACAUUAGUCAAGAAUAGACUGCUACAAUGUCAGCGAUAACCCGCUGCUCUGUGGUCCACAAUGUGACUGAUGGUAAAGACUGAGCCACUGGGACCUGUGUGUUUGUAAUAAACGAAGAUCAUCAAGGACCAUGGCAUACAGUGUCAACAUGCAUCCAUCAGAUUCUGACUCUGAGUCUGACUUUGAGGAUAUGGGAGAAAUCAAACCAGCUCAGGACUCCUUCAAGCUUUUUGGAGACCCAACAUCCAGCACCCAGAGGUGUCCUGAGACCCUACAGAUGGACGUUUUUAGGGAAUGCACAGGCACAAAUACAGAACAUCUGCCAUUUAAUGCAAACAUCCAUAUGAGAGACAAGACCCUCGACAGGGAGCAGAAGAACCCUCUGCAGAGGCAUAACUGGUCGGCUGCUACCUUAAAGGUCCUCUCCUCCAUGCCCAGUCGCACUGCUGGGAUAAAGAGCACUGCAGUAAUUCCCCAGCAUGCCAGAGACUCCUCUCAGCAACACCGACACCAGGCCGUCUCCCAUGAUUCACCUCAGCCCUCCAGACCAAUCCAGGAGGACCUGAUCCAGGCAGAAACAGAGGAAAUCAGUUCUGAAGAAAACAAGAAGGAGCGGUUAGUGUCCAACCUCAGAGGCCUCUCAGUGAGCGAGGGCAUGCGUAAGCUGCGAGGCACGUCGCUCAGUCUGGCAGAUAAGAUGGAAGUCAGGCGACUUGCUUUUAGGGACGUAGCUGAGAGUUCACUCAUCAGCAGAAAUAUUCCAUGCUACAGUCGUCUCAGAGUGUACAUAUCGAGGACUUGGCGUAGCUUCCUGUUCAGCUGCCUCCCCGUCCUCGCUUCGCUCCAGUUGUGGCAUUCGUCCAUGAAGAGACUGAGUGGGCGUUUUGGAACCGGGGUGCUUUCCUACUUCCUGUUUCUCCGGACCCUCCUGCUCUUUAACUUCCUCCUCUUCGUCAUCAACGGCCUGUUCCUGGUCUUCCCUCAAGCCAUCAACCCUCCUCCUCCUCCUCCUCAUGACUCUAAUCUCACUUUCACCGGCCUUGAGCUUCUCACAGGCACCGGCUACCUCUCUCAGAGUGUGAUGUUUUACGGCUACUACACCAACACCAUCCUCAAAACCUGCCGAGCUGCUAACUCCACUGCUGAUCUGCCGCUCUGUGAUCCAGACAAGCCCAUUAUUGUUCCAUACAGCAUAUCUACAGCCUACUUCUCUACCAUCGCCAUCGCCUUUUUCAUUAUCUGCAUCAUCCUCGUCUACAGCAUGUCCAAGUCAUUCGGGAGAAGUUUUCAAGUCCUCAAGUCUAACGGGAAUUUGGCGGUAAAGGUUUUCUGCUCCUGGGACUUUAAAGUCAGCAAGAAGACAUCUGUCAGACUGCAGGCUGAGAAAAUCAGCACUCAGCUCAAAGAGCUGCUGUCUGAAAUGAUCCGCGAAAAAGAUGAGAAGAGCUGCCUGCAGCGCCUCUGUCGCCUCAUGGUGCACCUGUUGGCGUGGUCUAUAUGUCUGCUAUGCAUCUCAGCGGGCGCGGUGGCGGUCCACUACCUGUCAGAGGAAACCAUCGAACAGAGUUCCUUUAGUGAAAGCGAGCUGCUGCUUCUGUCUGCAGUGGUGUCGGGCAUUAACCUGUUGCUCCCUGGCAUCUUCAACCUGUGUGCAUGGAUAGAGAAUCAUGACUCACCCAGUGUUUGCGUCUAUGUCUCCAUCUUCAGGAACCUGUUAUUGAAGGUCAGUAUCGUCGGAGUGCUGUGUUUCCGCUGGCUGGGGAGAAUUGCAGUGGAACCAGAAAGUCGUGGUUUACAGUGUUGGGAGAGCUUUGUGGGGCAAGAACUGUAUCGCUUGCUGCUGAUGGACUUUGUCUUCACGGUGCUCUACACUUUUCUGGGAGAGUUCCUGUGGAGACUUUUUUCCAAGCGAGUGCUGAAAAGGAACAGGAUGCCGGUGUUUGACAUCGCUCGAAAUGUGCUCGAACUCAUAUAUGGACAAACCCUGACUUGGCUCGGGGUGCUGUUUGCUCCGCUGCUUCCUGCCGUCCAGAUCAUAAAACUGUUUGUGCUAUUUUACAUGAAGAAGAGCAGUCUGAUGCUCAACUGUCAGGCGUCCAAGAAGCCCUGGAGGGCCAGUCAGAUGACGACACUAUUCGUCUUUCUUUUGUGUUUCCCCUCAUUUCUUGGAGCUGCCGUGUCUGUCACUUACACAAUCUGGACGAUUAAACCGUCGUCAGGCUGCGGGCCUUUCAGGAACCUCACCACGAUGUUUCAGUCAGGGCAGCUGUGGGCUCAGGAGCUGGAGGAAGCACACCCCGUCCUGUCCUGGCUCAGCUGGGCCUACGACUCUCUGCUGGAGAACCCGCUGUUCUUAUUCCUCGCCACCGGAGUCUUUCUAAUGGUGAUAUAUGUUCACACUCAAGUUGUUGAUGGCCAAAGGAGGAUCAUCAGCCGAUUAGAAAAGCAAAUUGAAAAUGAAGGUAAAGACAAAAAGUUCCUCAUCACCAGUUUGCAAGCCAUUUAUGAACGGAGCAAUCUUGUUUCCCCUCAUAGAUAAGUUUGUGGCAGAGCAGCAUUGACAACAUACUGCAGCAGCGGAAAGCUCUAAUCUCUUCAGUGACGAGCAUUUCACUCUGGUUGGUGGUUGUCAACAUCAUCUGGGCAGCAAGAAUGUCACAACAACAAAGAGAGC